AUGGGACAUAUCCGCAAAGUAUGCCGAAUGCCCAAGUGCAACCUCAUCGACUCUCAUGUCCCAACAGCAGAAGAGAACUCAAGCCCAAUCUACAUGCUGCAGACCACUGAACCCAAUGGUCAGUUCGUGUUCGCCCCGCUGAGGUUCGGGUCUGGUGUGGAGCAUCGAUUCAUCAUAGACAAAGAAAGCAGCGAAUCAAUCCUACCGAAAUCAGCACUCAAUGCGAUCCGUCCUAAUGCUGUUUUGGGCCCGACUUAUGUGCGCAUUCAUGGAGUUACUGGCCAUCAGUUGCAAUCACUUGGUGAAACGAUGUUGCGUGUUCAAUCUGAAUCCGGCGUAUCAAUUCCAGUCCCAUUUCUGGUAUCAGCCCACAGUCCGUCUAUUCUGCGCUUGCGAGCAAUGCGGCUACUACAAGGAUCCAUCACACUACACACCAACAACGAUAUGCCAAUCACCUCAUAUCUUCAACAUGUGAUUGUACAGUGUUCCAGUAACGUUGGUGGCAUGAAAGUACAGUCGGUGAAGUUNCUGCGCUUGCGAGCAAUGCGGCUACUACAAGGAUCCAUCACACUACACACCAACAACGAUAUGCCAAUCACCUCACAUCUUCAACAUUUGAUUGUACAGUGUUCCGUAACGUUGGUGGCAUAA